AUGUCUCUGGCAAACUAUGCACCAUCACAAUUGCUGCCUGUCUGCGAGGGCAUGUGGACAUCGGUCCAUCCAGCCAAGGGCCACGAACAGGAGCAGCAGCAGCGCCAAAUGUCUGACGGAGCAGCAUCAGUGGACAAUGCUAACAUCCUUGUGCAACACAGUCCGGAGCGUCCCAACAGCCAUGAGCUCGAGCAAGCUGUCUCGUCCGCCGCUUCCGUUGAGCAGAGCAUCCUGCAUCAGACCAGCCACGAUCCCAAGCAGGUUGAGUCGUCCACCGCAUCGGCUGAGCACAGCACCCAGGAUGGCGAGUCUUCUGGCUCUCCUCACGGGGGCUUCACAUGGAGGUCUUCCUCUGAGUACUGGGAGAAGCAGAUGCCCCACGAGCCGACACUGCGCAUCCACCGCGAUGCCCCAGACGUCCUGUUCGGAGACUCAAGUCAACUGCCCAAAGACUUACCAAAGCCAGCUACAUCAAGGUCGUCAUUCAGAACGUCGCUAGGAACGCUCGCGCAGCAGACAAAGUCAUCCAUCGGUCUCGCCCUCAGCUCGUCUAUGGACCUUCCUCCCCCCACCACCACCACGCGCGAGGCCGUCACCACCCCCGUUGUCAUAAGCCCCAUACGCUCUAUGCAGCGUCAAGGUGUUCGAAACUUCUCGACACCGACGAGACGCCCGGCACGCCCAGCACAGACUGGUGGCGAUGUCGCUCCUAUCGCUAACGAGAUCACUCCGGUCACUGAUGGGAUCGCCCCCAUCGCCAACGAGACCGCUCCUAUCGUGGAUGAGAUCACACCAGCCGCGCCGACAGAGAACGCAGCCGAUCCCGAUUCAGACGGCGAGCAGAUCGACUUCUGGGCCGCACUGAACGAGACGGCACCGCAAGAGAAGAAGAAGAGAGCCCGUGGCGUAGGCUUCAUGACAGCAACGACCAGCUUCGCCGGCAGAGUCUCGGAGCGCAAGAGCAUCAGCGACCUCAAGCUCAAGGCCAAGCAGAGCCUGCGCAGCCUCUUCAGCAAGGACGAAGAGAGCUCCUCGGAGCCAAAACGCUCCCUCACCACCACCACCCGCACGCUCGCCCGCCGCCUCUCCCGCAACUUCUCGCGCGUGCACAUUCCCGCCGUGCCCGCAGACGAGCUUCGAAACCUCGAGCAACUGACCCGCCGCCAGUCCGCGCUGACGCUGACGGCGCUCGCACUGACGCCCGAGCCGCUGGCUCACUACACGGUGCAGACGGCGGCGACCGUCAACCACAUCGUCGCCAGCAUCGCCGCCGCCACGACCACGGGCGCCCAAGCCCACCGCCUCGCCAGCAUCGCGGGCGCGCUGCUCGACAUGGUCGAGAUCGGAAGGGAGAACGAGGAGAUGAGGCAGAUGGCCUUCCAGGCGCAGCUGGAGGUCCUGGCGGGGAGUGAGCGGCUGGGUCACGUGAAGGCUAGGCUGGAGACCCUGUUGCAGGGCGAGUUCGAGGACCCGGUGAUGAGGGGCCUCAUGGACCGUCUGGGGGAUCUGGUCUAG